UGGGCCUUGAGGAUUCUGGCCCUCCCUGAUUUUUUCUGUUGCAGUCAGUUGUUCAGUCUUAUUAGGAAAAGAGGGAGUUGUCUAACAGCAGAGGAGAGUUUAGCUGAAUGUUAACUGCGGGAUGCAGCUCUCUUGGCUUUAACAUUAGUUGCCGAGGUGAGGACAUUUCUGACUGAGUGUGUUUGCUUCCAUCCCUGUGUGGGGCUGCUGUCACUGCUCUUCUCCUCCAGAACAACUGUAACUUCACUUUACAGGCUGACAAGCUCCAUCUCUGAGCCGUUCAUUCACUUUACUUUUACUCUGUGGUCGGACACCACCGGCAGCAAACUCCAGACCUAACUCCCAAGUUGUCAGAUCGGCGUCCUCCCGUUGGGUCCAGACGAGGAGGAUGGAGACGAGCCCCAUCCCGGUGGUGACGGUCCAAACCGCCCCCUUCGACGACCAGCGGCCCGGUACCAACGGGCUGCGGAGGAAGACAGCGGUGUUCGAGGGCAAGAAGAACUACCUGCAGAACUACAUCCAGAGCGUGUUGUCCUCCAUCGACCUGCGGGACCGGAAUGGGUGCACCAUGGUGGUGGGCAGCGACGGCCGCUACUUCAGCCGAGCUGCCAUCGAGGUGAUAGUGCAGAUGGCAGCUGCCAAUGGGAUUGGUCGUCUGGUGAUCGGCCACAGCGGCCUCCUGUCCACCCCUGCUGUUUCCUGCAUCAUCAGGAAGAUCAAGGCCAUCGGUGGGAUCAUCCUCACAGCUAGUCACAACCCUGGAGGCCCUGGUGGAGACUUUGGAAUCAAGUUCAACGUGGCAAACGGAGGCCCGUCUCCGGACACAACGAUGGAGAGGAUCUACCAGGUGAGCCGAACACUUGAGGAGUAUGCCAUCUGCCCCGAUCUCCGCAUUGACCUUUCCAGGCUGGGAAGACAAGAAUUUGACCUGGAGAACAAGUUCAAACCUUUCAGAGUGGAGAUCGUGGACUCGGUUGAGGUGUAUCUACAGCUGCUGCGAAACAUCUUUGACUUUAAUGCCAUUAAAAGUCUCCUCACAGCACCAGGUCGGCUGAAGAUCCACAUAGAUGCAAUGAAUGGAGUGACGGGCCCAUAUGUACGUAGGAUCCUGUGUGAUGAGUUGGGGGCCCCUGCUAACUCAGCGGUCAACUGUGUCCCUCUGGAGGACUUUGGUGGCCGCCCUCCUGAGCCCAGCUUGACUUACGCCACCUCUCUGGUAGAUGCAAUGAAAGGAAGUGACUUUGGGUUUGGAGCUGCAUUUGAUGCGGAUGGGGACCGGUACAUGAUCCUCGGAGAAAAAGGCUUCUUUGUAAACCCAGCUGAUUCAGUGGCCAUCAUGGCUGCCAACCUCUCCACCAUCCCCUACUUUAGACAGCAUGGUGUCAGAGGCUUUGCCAGGAGUAUGGCCACAAGCACCGCCCUUGACAGGGUAGCCAAAGCCAUGAAACUGGCGCUGUAUGAGACUCCGGCAGGCUGGAGGUACUUUGGGAACCUGAUGGAUUCUGGGCGUUGUUCCCUCUGCGGGGAGGAGAGCUUUGGGACAGGUUCAGACCACAUUCGUGAGAAAGAUGGUUUGUGGUCAGUGCUGGUGUGGUUGUCCAUCAUGGCGGCCAGGAAACAGGGUGUGGAGCAGAUCGUGAGAGAGCACUGGGCCAAGUUUGGACGCAACUAUUUCUGCAGGUUUGACUACGAAGGCCUGGAUCCUCGUGCAGCUUUUUACUUGAUGAGGGAUCUGGAGGGAGUAAUCUCAGACAAAGCAUUCACCAGCCAGAAGUUUGCUGUGGGAGACCACAUAUACAGCGUGGAGAGAGCCGACAACUAUGAGUACAUCGACCCCGUGGAUGGAGCAGUGGCUCGAAACCAGGGUUUAAGGAUCAUCUUCACCGAUGCAUCGCGCCUGGUGUUUCGGAUGAGCGGGAGCGGUGGCGGGAUGGGUGCCAUCAUCCGCAUUUAUGCCGAGAGCUUUGAGAGAGACCCUGAGAGACACAGCAGAGAGACACAGGUGGUGCUGGGUCCUCUCAUUGCCAUUGCUCUGAAGCUCUCCAACAUCCAUGAGAGGACAGGCCGCCGUGGCCCCAACGUCAUCACAUGAGCAAGCGGGAAAACACACACAUGCAUGCACACACAUGCGCAUUCAUCUACCUGCUCACACAGAUAAACCCCCCCCCCCCCAAAAUGUUUGUGAUGCUUUAAACAUGCUUUCUCUGUAACUUCAGGUUCAUUUUUCAUUUUUCUUUUUAAAGAAAUGACUAAACUGAGGGUGCUUAAUGCAGGAGUUUAUCUCCCUACAAGAAAAUUAAUGUUGCACAAUUAUCUCAAUUGUUUAUUGACCACUAUAUUGAGAACUUAGCAUAGUAUCAGUGUUUAAACCAGGGAGGCUAUUUAAUUAUCUCAGCAGUAAACCAAUUAUCAAUGUGCAGAAUGACGUUUAAUGUUUGUGCCUUGCUUUUAUCGAGACAUAUUGACUGAGGGAGCCUAAAAGGAGUUGUCCAUUUUUUAAUUCACGCUGUUUUUGUAUAACAGUGCAGUGUUCACUUUUCAUAUUGCUUGUGCCCAUCCUCUCAUAUACAGUAUGUCACAGUGUUUUUUUUUUUUCUUUUCAACCAUUUCAUGCAGACGUAAUAAUUUUUUCAAAGUGUAAAAUAAAAGCAGCAUUGCAUCACAACUUAUAUGACAUAGUGAUGUGAAUUGAAAUGUUUGAUAUGAAAUGAAGUUAAAGCUCUAUGAAGUGGGGAGUAGUCACACUCAUGUUUACUACCUAAGGACAGGGUAUUCAAAAUGUAUAAUAAUGGUGCCAUAGCAAGAUCAGGAAUGAAGAAGAAAAAUAUAUUCUAAUAUGAUUUUACUUGUUUUCUUUAUUUUGUCAGUUUAGGCCUUUGGGAAUUCAACAUAACCAUUUUUUGAUUUGUUUUUUUUAAUCCAAAUAAACUCUUUUGUGUGUA